AUGGGUUACUAUCUUGCAGAUGGUAUCUACCCCCCAUGGGCUACCCUGAUGAGUUCUAUUCCAGCUGCGUUGAGCAACAAACAGAAUAAGUUCAAUGAAAUGCAGCAGGCAUUUAGGAAGGACGUUGAGUGCAGUUUCGGUGUGCUUCAAGCACAAUAUGCCAUCAUGAAGCGAGCAGCUAGGAUGUGGGAUCCGAAAGACAUGAAGUUCAUUGUUGACUGUGUUAUUAUUCUGCAUAAUAUGGGAAUCAAGUACGAGAGAGGUAUGGAGACUUUGGCGAUCGAGGAUUAUGAGGGAGCCUCCCAAUCUUCUCCUGAUCCAAACAGAGAUUUGCCUGACAUUCAGCAAUUGAUCGCUAAGCAUCAACAGAUUCAGAGUCGUGCGGUCAAUGUGCAAUUGAAGAAUGACCUAGUUGAGCAUAUAUGGAACAUAUAUGGCUCCUCAAAUGAUUGA